AUGGCCACCCCACGCAUAUUCAAUCUCGACUCUGAGAAUCUUGGGAGUGAGAUCGUCACCAUCUACGUCGGUCCAAAACGCAAAUCUUUCACAGUUCACAAGAAGCUGCUUUGCGAACGAUCGAGCUAUUUCCUCAAGGCUUUUGCCAGUGGCUUCAAGGAAGGUGCUGAGGGUGUCAUGUAUAUGAAAGAAGAGCAUGUGGAUGCUUUUGAGAACCUGGUCAAUUGGAUCUAUAGGGACCAGCUACCGAGCUUUCCUUCCAGGGACUUUCCCGAUAGCAUUGAUGGGUGGGAGAACUUCGGUCAAACUGUCACGGAACCGCUGUUCUUCAUGGCCGAAAAGCUUUGCAUCGACGAAAUUUGCAACAAGAUAAUGGAUGUGUAUCAAGAUAGCCAUCUCAGACUUGGACUUAUGCUUGGGAGCGAGGAGAUCAUGAGGGUCUAUGCUAAUACGCACGAAAAUACAUACAACAAGAUCGCAUACUCCAGGUUGUGUAGGGAAAUAUUAGGAAACAUGGCAGAUCUGCUCAAGUCAACUCCUGAUUUUGCAACGGACUUCACCAUACUCCAGCUCACAUAUGGUUACCGUUUUCGAGAGCGAAAAGAAGCUGAUCUUUUCAUACGCACCGGCCCGCAAAGCUUUGGGCAGUGCUUCUUCCAUACUCACUCGAAAGAUGAGGUAUGCAAUUUGGAGCCAGAAAAGAAGAAAAAGGGAAAAGUUUAG